CCUUACGACACUAUUGAGCUCGUGUGUGGUUCACUUACCGCAACCAACACUAACAUUUUAAACUUAAAAGGCAAUAUAUUGAAAUACCAAUUACUUACAUUUUCCAGCUGGGCUACUACACGAAAAACGUUGCCGGAUAAGUGAUUACUAAACACGGAAGCACCGCCCCUCUGCAGCAAACGGGUUGUUCGGAAUACAAAUCGCGCGCUCGGGAGGAUAACGCGGGAAACGUCGCGGUGUUUUGUUCUGUGUUUUUCACAGGACAACAACAACCGCCACGCCAAGUCGAAUUUACUCAUUAUACUUAUACGAUUUGGGUCAAACUAUCACCUACCCGACAUACAGGCCUGCCAAAUAUAGUUUUUUUUUUAGCGGGGGAUAUUUUAACGCUGAGUGUACUCUUCCUCCAGCGGUUGUGUGGAGCCAGCGGAUGAGCCUUGACAAGAAGCAGCACUUUGGUGAAUGAAUGUCCCCGCGCUCUCGUGGCUAGCUCGGACACAAAGACGAAGGUUUGCUAGCUUUAGCCUCCAGACAUCGGUUGAGUCUCUCCACGCAGAUGGAGUCAUUCCAGAAGGUCGAGAAGAUAGGAGAGGGCACUUACGGCGUGGUGUACAAAGCCAAGAACAAGAGCACGGGAGAAACUGUUGCUCUAAAGAAGAUCAGAUUGGACACGGAAACAGAGGGUGUUCCAAGCACUGCCAUCCGAGAGAUUUCCCUCCUUAAAGAGCUCAGUCACCCAAAUAUUGUCAAGCUACAUGAUGUCAUCCAUACAGAAAACAAGCUAUACCUUGUCUUUGAGUUCCUUAAUCAGGAUCUAAAGAAGUUCAUGGACUCCUCCUCGGUCACUGGUAUCCCUCUUCCUCUCAUUAAGAGUUACCUCUUCCAGCUGCUGCAGGGCUUGGCAUUCUGCCACUCCCACAGGGUUCUUCAUCGGGACCUGAAGCCUCAGAACCUCCUCAUCAAUGCGCAGGGGGAGAUCAAGUUGGCGGACUUUGGUCUGGCAAGAGCGUUUGGUGUACCUGUGCGUACGUACACACAUGAGGUGGUAACACUAUGGUACCGAGCACCUGAGAUCCUGCUAGGUUGCAAAUUUUACUCCACGGCUGUCGACAUCUGGAGUCUGGGAUGCAUCUUUGCUGAAAUGAUCACCAGGCGGGCGCUGUUCCCCGGCGACUCAGAGAUUGACCAGCUAUUCCGAAUCUUCCGCACUCUGGGGACCCCUGAUGAGGCCACGUGGCCGGGAGUUACAUCCAUGCCAGACUACAAACCAUCGUUCCCCAAGUGGGCCCGCCAGGAUCUUUCCAAAGUGGUUCCUCUCCUAGAUGAGGAUGGUAGAGAGCUGCUCGGGGAAAUGCUGCAUUACGACCCAAACAAAAGGUUAUCGGCCAAAAAUGCCCUCGUCCAUCGAUUCUUCCGUGAUGUCACCAUGCCUCUUCCUCAUCUGAGAAUCUGAAUUGUGUCUUGACAAUAAGCAGUAAGUGGCCCAAUGACUUGGUGGCAUGUUUGGUAAGAAAAAAAGGGGUAUGUUUGGUAUCUGUUUGAAGGUUAUUUGUUAUGUAAAAACAACUUAGAUCCUUAUGUGCUUUGUUAGUACUAAUGUUUUGUAUAAACCUUCACAGAUUUAUUCUGGUUUAGUGAGUUAUUUAAAUAGUAUGUUGGCUUUAGAGCCUCCAAAUUUAGAUAAAAAUCAUUGCAUACAUUUUUCGGGAUAGUGCAAAUACCAAGUUUUUAUUGGUCUUUCCAGUUUUGCAGUGAAAGAACUCAGCAAAACUAAAUUAUUUUAUUCCUCAUCUUUGUGCAUACGCAGGUGAUGUUGCAAUGUUUGCCUUGUAUUCAGAUUUUACACUUUUUUGUGUGUUGCAAUUUCCUACUUGAUUUUAUUCUCACCUAAUGAAGCGUUUUAAUAUGGCUACUGGUUUUUGACAGUUGGAAAAAAUAAACUUGUU